AACUUUACGAUAACUUUACGAUAACUAUAACUACACCCAUUACUACACACCUAUUAGGCUAUUACUACACUUAUUAGCACACUUAUUACUAUACUUAUUAUUACACUUAUUAUUACACUUAUUACUACACUUAUUACUACAUUUAUUACUAAAUUUAUUACUACAUUUAUUACUACAUUUAUUACACUUAUUACUACAAAAUGAUUGUUAUUCCAGAGAUACUUGAAAUAAUAUUUUCUUAUUUAUAUUAUCCAGUAUUUUAUCCAAAAUUUUUAUUAUCUUGCGCUUUAGUAUCAAGAUCUUGGAGUUAUAAUGCUCUUCCUUUUUUAUGGAGUAAACCUUUUAUUUAUGAUGAUGUUCAUAAUAAAGAAAAACUUCAUAUUAAACAAGUACAACAAUUUCGAAUUUUUUUUUCAUUUCUACCUAAUCAAUUUUUAAAUCAAUUGGGAUUAAAAUCAAUUAAUAAUAACAAUAAUAAUCAAAAAAGAAAUAUUAAUUAUAAUUAUUUAUCAUUUAUUAAAGAAUUUCAUUAUCUUAAAUUAUAUGAAGCAUGUUUAGAAUUUUGGAAAGUUGAAAUAAAUAAUAAUGAAAUUGAUGAAAUUGAUUAUAAAAUUUUUGAAGAAAUUCCUGAAAAUUUUACUUUAUGUACUUUAUGUACUACUAAUAAUAAUUCAAAUCCUAAUC